CCCAUUCUCUGGGCCGCGUCAGACGGAGACGCGGUGUCACGGGACAACCACUCGGGUCAGAGCACAGUCACCGAGACGGAUGCCAACAUUGCGCCGCUCUCAGUGACUUAGAAGGCAGGGUACGACUGCCAAAGGCUCAUUCAGUGAUUAGGGAAAUUCGCUUGCGUGCGGCGCUAUAGAUCGUCAAAGAGGUGACACGAUCCUACAAAAGGAUUCGAGAUCUCACUUUGAUUGGGGUCACCCGUCGUCAAAAUUUGGUAGCGAUGGACGACAAGGCAUCCAAUGAGCUUAUUUUUUAUGUGAAUGGAAAUAAGGUGCAAGUUUCAUCACCGGACCCAGAAUGGACGCUUCUCUUCUUCCUCAGAGACAAGCUGCGUCUCACAGGGACGAAGCUGGUCUGCGGAGAGGGUGGCUGCGGCGCCUGUACUGUCAUGGUCUCCAAGUAUUCUCCGGACAGAAAGAAAAUUGUUCACCUGUCGGUGAACGCCUGUCUGAUGCCGCUCUGCGCCGCCCACGGGCUGGCCGUGACCACUGUCGAGGGCAUCGGCUCCUCAAAGACGCGUCUUCACCCCGUGCAGGAGCGUCUGGCCAAGUCACACGGCUCGCAGUGCGGCUUCUGCACGCCCGGCAUCGUCAUGUCCAUGUACACCCUGCUCAGGAACCGGCCGCAGCCGUCCAUGCAGGACGUCGAAACAUACAUGCAAGGUAACUUGUGCCGGUGCACCGGCUACCGAGCGAUCCUGGACGGUCUGCGGACGCUCACCACCGACUCCGGCGGCUGUGGCGCGCAGAACUGCUGCCGGACCAACGGCAGCAGUGGAUGUGGACCGGGAGACCGACAGACGAACGGAACGGGCUCCGGAGAGAACGGGACGAACUCCAGAGAGAACGGCGCGGGCUCCGGACUAAACGGAACGGGCUCCAAAGAAAACGGAACGGGCUCCGGAGUAAACGGGACGAACUCCGGACAGAACGGGACCGGCUCUAGGGAGAACGGGACGGGCUCAAGACAGAACGGGACGAGCUCAAGACAAAACGGGACGCCUACCAACGGCGCUUACCGGGAGGAGGACCGCGUGGGCACCUCGCUGUUCGACACAGAGAGACUGACGCCGUACGAUCCGUCCCAGGAGGCCAUCUUCCCGCCCGAACUGAUGCUGCGACCGGACUGGGUGAGCCGACCUCUGAAGUUCAGCGGACCGCGGGUGACCUGGCACCGACCCGCCACGCUGAGCGAGCUUCUGCGACUGAAGGCCGCCUACCCAGACGCCAAACUGGUCAACGGCAACACUGAAAUCGGUGUUGAGGUGAAACUGAAGCGAUGCGAGUACCCGGUGCUCAUCAACCCGGGUCAGGUGACCGAGCUGACCUCCGUGACCUGGGACGAAGACGGCGUGACCUUUGGCGCGGCCGUGACCCUGUCGGACAUAGAAGCGGAACUGCAGGCGGCGCAGAGCCAGCAGCCUGCCUGGAAGACCCGAGUUUUCUCUGCUAUAACAGAGAUGCUGCGCUGGUUCGCCGGAACACAAAUUCGAAACGUCUCUGCGAUCGGAGGGAAUAUCAUGACGGGCAGUCCCAUCUCGGACCUGGUGCCCCUGCUGAUGUCGGCCGACAGCCAGCUGACCCUGAUGACGUCAUCCGGGGAGCAGAGGACGGUCCCGAUCCGCGGCUUCUACACGGCUUACAGACAGAACAUUGCCAGACCUGACGAGAUUCUGCUCUCUGUCACCGUGCCGUACACGGCUGAGGACGAGUUUUUCAUGGGCUUCAAGCAGGCGCAUCGACGAGACGACGAUAUAGCCAUCGUGAACGCGGGCUUCUUCGUCCGGAUCCGCGACCAGAAGGUCCGCACUUUCCGCGCUACGUACGGAGGAAUGGCAGCGACGGCGGUCUCCGCAACCAAGACGGAACAGGCACUCGUCGGCAGGCCCUGGGAUGACUCGCUCCUGCAGGAGGCGGUGUCGCUACUGCUCGAGGACCUGCCGCUCGGUCCUAGCGCUCCGGGAGGCAUGAUCGAGUACAGGCGCACGCUGACACUCAGCUUCUUCUUCAAGUUCUACCUGCAGACGUGCGGCUGGAUCACGGGCAGGGUCGACGAAAGCUGCAAGUCCGUGCUUGAGAAGUUCCACAGACCGACACCCGCGUCCACGCAGCUCUACCAAGUGGUUCCCAACGACCAGCCGGUGGAGGACCUGGUGGGCCGGCCUGUGGCGCACAUGUCGGCGCUGAAGCAGGUCACCGGAGAGGCCCAGUACCUGGACGACAUCCCGCCGCUCGCCGGGGAGCUCCACGCCGGCUUCGUGCUCUCAUCUCGAGCGCACGCGCGCAUUGUGUCGGUGGACGCCCGGGAGGCUCUGCAGGAGCCCGGGGCUACCCACUUCUUCAGCGCCAAGGACAUCGCACCGGAGAGGAACAAAACUGGACCCUCGCCCCACCAUCAAGACGAAGAGGUGUUCCGAGCCGAGACUGUCACCUCGAUGGGUCAGGUGAUCGGUCUUGUGCUGGCCUAUGACCGCGCCACCGCACAGCGCGCUGCCAAGAAGGUCAAGGUCAUGUACGAAGACCUGCCCGCAAUUAUCACCACAGAGGACGCGAUUCGCGAGAACUCUUUCACGCCGACGGUGCACUACUUCGAGCACGGUGACGUGGACAUCGCGUUCUACUCGGCUGCUCACGUCGUCGAGGGCUCGGUCCGGAUGGGCGGCCAGGAACACUUCUACCUGGAGACGGUCGGCUGCAUCGCCGUGCCGAAGGAGGACAACGAGAUGGAGGUGCACGUGUCGUCACAGGGUCUGAACAUCAACCAGAUGCUGAUCGCCCGUGCUCUGGGCGUACCCGCUAACCGGAUCGUCUGCAAGGCCAAGCGUCUGGGAGGAGGGUUCGGAGGGAAGGAGUCGCGAACCUGCUCCGUCACCACCCCAGUGGCAGUGGCUGCCAACAGGUCCGGGCGUCCUGUGAGGGCCGUUCUGGAGCGAGACGAGGACAUGGCCUCUAUGGGCACCCGGCACCCGAUGCUAGCCACGUACAGGGCUGGUGUUACCGCCGAAGGCAAGGUGACCUGCGUCGAGAUGGAAAUCUUCCUGAACGCCGGUUUCAGCCACGACCUCUCAUUGGGUGUUAUUUCUCGAGCGACCACCUCGUGCGACAACGCGUACCACUACCCGGCGUACCGGAUCACGGGCAAACUGUGCCUGACCAACACGCCCUCGAACACGGCGUUCCGCGGCUUCGGUGGGCCGCAAGGCUCCAUGGUGGCCGAGGCCAUGAUGGACGACAUCGCCAGCCAGCUGCGACUGGACGCCACACAGGUGAGGAUGGUGAACCUGGUGCAGGAGGGGCACCUGAACGUCACCCGCCAGCCCAUGGUGCAGGUCACCGUGGACCGAUGUAUCGCCGAGGUCGUCCAGAAGGCCGGGCUCAGACGGCUCCAGCAAGAGGUGGAGACGUUCAACAGGCUGAAUCGCUGGAAGAAGCGCGGCGUGGCGCUGAUCCCCAACAAGUUCAACAUCGCGUUCGGUCUGGCGCUGCUGAACCAGGGCGGCGCUCUGGUGCACAUCUACACGGACGGCUCUGUGCUGGUCACCGUCGGAGGGGUGGAGAUGGGACAGGGCCUCUUCACCAAGUGCUACCAGGUGGUGACGAGGGUUCUCGGGGUCUCCGCCGACCGCGUCUACAUCUCUGAGACGGCGACAGACAAGGUGCCGAACGCCUCCCCGACGGCGGCUUCCAUGAGCACCGACCUCUACGGAGCGGCCGUCCUCAACGCCUGCGAGCAGCUGCGGGAGCGGCUGGCGCCGUUCCGUAAGGCGGCCCCGGACGGCACGUUCAGCGACUGGGUGCUGGCCGCCUACCAGAGCCGGGUCUGCCUGUCCGUCUGCGGCUUCGAGGUGACGAAGGGCCUGGCCUUUGACCCGCUCACUCAUAUUGGCGACAUGUAUUCGUACUUUGUGUUCGGCGCCGCCUGCUCGCUGGUGGAGGUGGACUGUCUCACCGGGGACCACCAGGUCCUGAAGACGGACAUAGUGAUGGACGUCGGAGAGUCCCUGAACCCCGCCAUCGACAUUGGCCAGAUCGAGGGCGCCUUCAUGCAGGGCUACGGCCUCUUCUGCAUGGAGAGGCUCAAGUACUCUCCGAAUGGGUUCAACUUCACCCGUGGACCGGGAGCCUACAAAAUACCAGGGUUCGGUGACAUCCCGCUCGAGCUGCACGUGUCACUGCUGCGCGGCUCGCCCAACCCGCGCGCCGUCUACUCCUCGAAGGCCGUCGGCGAGCCGCCGCUGUUCUCUGCCGCCUCAGUCUUUUUCGCCAUCAAGGAGGCGGUGCGCGCGGCGCGUGCCCAGAACGGUAUCAGCGAGCCGCUCAGAAUGGAAAGCCCAGCCACCCCCGACCGGAUCCGUAUGGCCUGCCGAGAUAUGUUCACCGACAAGCUUCCACAGGCUCCAGAGCCGGGCAGCUUCAAACCCUGGAUGGUAGACCUGUGAUGGCGCCUACGACAGCAGAAUCGAUGGAUUCACCAGGAAACGUCGUGAAGUCAAACGGCCGACACUGCUUCAGAUCGUGUCACGUUUGUGAUAUAGGCAGGGCCUUGGCCACAUUGCAAGACUUGUCCGAAGUUGCGAGGGUGAUGGACGCAUUUUCCUUGGAGCGUAACUAGGAGAAAAGUGCCUUGUAUGAAUAUCGUCAUGUAGUUCUACGCCACUACGAUUGUAGUUUUUUUCUACAGCUUAAAUAUAAGUAGUUAUUAGUUGACAUUGAAGCUAUUAGUUGAAGCUUUGUAGGCUGCCAUAUAAUCUGUGAACGGGGUUUCGUUGUAUGACGUUGGUAUUUGUGUCAGUAUUUACAUUUUUGACAUGACUUCUGGGUUAGUUGGUCCACGGUUGACACUUUGUUCACUUACCCGGAAAUGUGGGAUCAUGACUGCCAGGAAAAUAGUGAUAAAACUUCAAGUGUUAAUAUGUUUUCCAUAUGUGUUAUGUAAGGACUAAUGAUGGAAUAUUACUAGAGGCGGCAGGUCUGUCACUUUUAAAAUUAGGUAAGUAGGUACUUGAAACGAGCUGAGUGACGAUAAGUGGUGCAAUAUGACACUCUGACUUUAAUAUGCUUACUUUAGAGAGAAGUGCGUUGCAAAAGCGGUGUAUUAAUUAAAAGUAACGUAUGCAUGUAGUUGAAUGGCACUAUUAUUGGAGGUUUGCGAAAUACACCUUUAACAUCAACCAUAACA